AUGAAAUUCGUCACUGGAUCGAUGAUGGCUAAGCUGUGCCUCGGCAUGGUGCUGUCUGUGCUGGUGCUGGGCGCGAUGGGAUCACCGCUCUACAUGGAUGUCCAAGAAGGUGGCAAGAAAUGCUUCCUCGAGGACGUGCCGAAAGAUACGCUGGUCCUGGUCAAGUACACGAGUUCGCAGAGGUACGCUGGAGAUGACCAGCGCGACGGAGAGCAGAAGGGGUGGAUCGUUACCGUCGACGGCCCCUCCAACGAAUUCAUCGCCCGAAGGGAGCUCGGCAAUGAGGGCCGCUACGCAUUCACCGCUCAAGUUGGCGGAGAGCACAAGAUUUGCCUUCAAACCAACACGGGCAAGUGGUUCUCACAGGGUGCUGAAUUUUUCAGCGACCACACGCCCACUCACCUCGCCUAUCAGGAGCUGCAAGUGGACAUUGAGACGGGAGUAGGCGCUACGGACUAUGCCGAAGUGGCCCGCCUCGAGUCCUUGAGCGCGAUGGAAGUUCAACUGCGUCAGUUGAACGAUGCCGUGCACGAGAUCAUCGGCGAGCAGCUCUACCAGAAGAGACGCGAGAUGGCGUUCAGGGACACCAGCGAGUCCACCAACAGCCGUGUGAUGUGGUGGUCCGUUGGCCAGACCCUUCUUCUCAUCGGAUCUGCCUUCUGGCAGGUUCGACACCUCAAGAACUUCUUCCAUCAGAAGAAGGUCGUGUAA